CAGCAACACAGAUUAAACCAUGCUGCGGUUUCUGGUGCUGACCUGUGUGCUCUGCUUUGGAGGUCACACUGCUGCAGGACAGAGAGAUGGCGAAAUUAUCAGUCAGAUUAAAAUGACGAACCUCGCCCUGGCUGAGAUUAAAGAGCUCCUGAAACAGCAGAUAAAAGAGAUAGUAUUCCUGAAGAAUACAGUGAUGGAGUGUGAAGCCUGUGGGAUGGGAGGAGCACAGCCUCGUCCCUCCUGUGUGCCCAACCCCUGCCACCCAGGGGUGAAGUGUAUGGUGACACCCCAGGGUAUAAAGUGCGGCCCCUGUCCUGACGGCAUGGUGGGCAACGGUACCCACUGCACUGACGUGGACGAGUGUACUGUGAUGCCGUGUCACAUGGGUGUGCGCUGCAUCAACACCUCCCCAGGUUUCCGCUGUGGUUCUUGUCCUGCUGGAUACACCGGCCCCCAGGUCCAGGGCGUUGGUCUCGCCUACGCCACCGCCAACAAACAGGUGUGCAAGGAUAUCAACGAGUGUGAACGCCCCAACAACGGAGGCUGCGUGGAGAACUCACUCUGUAUGAACACCCCUGGCUCUUUCAGGUGUGGUCCCUGUAAGACGGGCUAUAUUGGUGAUCAGAGACGUGGCUGUAAGCCUGAGAGAGCAUGUGGGAACGGCCAACCCAACCCCUGCCACGCCAGUGCAGAGUGCAUUGUCCAUCGAGAAGGGACGAUCGAAUGUCAAUGCGGAGUUGGCUGGGCUGGAAACGGCUACCUCUGCGGCCCUGACAUUGACAUCGAUGGUUUCCCCGAUGACAAACUGAACUGUCCUGAGAGGAACUGUGCCAAGGAUAAUUGUCUCACUGUGCCCAACUCUGGUCAAGAAGAUGCCGACAGUGAUGGAAUUGGAGACGCCUGUGAUGAAGAUGCAGAUGGGGAUGGGAUACCCAACACACAGGAUAACUGUGUGCUGGUGCCCAAUGUGGACCAGAGGAACAUCGAUGAAGACGACUUUGGUGACGCCUGUGACAACUGCCGCGCCGUCAAAAACGACCAAAAGGACACAGAUGUGGACCAAUUUGGUGAUGAGUGUGAUGAAGAUAUUGAUGGGGAUGGAAUCCUCAAUCACCUGGAUAACUGCAAAAGGGUUCCCAAUGCUGACCAGAAAGAUCGCGAUGGAGACCAAGUGGGAGAUGCCUGCGACAGCUGUCCAUAUAUUCCCAACCCCGACCAGAUGGAUGCGGACAAUGACUUGAUAGGAGACCCUUGUGACACCAACAAGGACAGUGAUGGCGAUGGUCACCAAGACUCUCGAGACAACUGCCCAGCCGUGAUCAACAGCUCCCAGCUGGACACCGACAAGGAUGGCAAAGGAGACGAGUGUGAUGAUGACGAUGAUAAUGAUGGCAUCCCAGACCUGCUGCCACCUGGACCUGAUAACUGCCGUCUGAUCCCCAACCCUCUGCAGGAGGACUCUGACAGCGAUGGUGUGGGUGAUGUUUGUGAGAGGGAUUUCGACAAUGACACUAUCAUUGACACCAUUGACGCUUGUCCCGAAAAUGCUGAGGUCACCCUCACCGACUUCAGGGAGUAUCAGACCGUUGUUUUAGAUCCGGAGGGAGACGCACAGAUCGACCCCAACUGGGUGGUGCUGAACCAGGGAAGAGAGAUUGUCCAGACGAUGAAUAGUGAUCCUGGGUUGGCUGUUGGUUACACUGCUUUCAGCGGCGUGGAUUUUGAAGGGACGUUUCAUGUGAACACGGUAACAGACGACGACUACGCAGGAUUCAUCUUCGGGUACCAGGACAGCUCCAGUUUCUACGUGGUGAUGUGGAAGCAGGUGGAACAGAUCUACUGGCAGGCAAACCCAUUCAGAGCCGUAGCAGAACCCGGCAUCCAGCUGAAGGCUGUCAAGUCAAACACGGGUCCAGGUGAGAACCUGAGGAAUGCCUUGUGGCACACCGGCGACACGAGUGACCAGGUGAAGCUGCUGUGGAAAGAUGCUCGCAAUGUUGGCUGGAAGGACAAGACGUCUUAUCGCUGGUUCCUGCAGCACCGACCUGCUGAUGGCUACAUCAGGGUUCGUUUCUACGAGGGUCCUCAGAUGGUGGCGGACACAGGCGUCAUCAUAGACGCCACAAUGAGAGGAGGCCGACUGGGAGUCUUCUGCUUCUCCCAGGAGAACAUCAUCUGGGCCAACCUGCGUUACCGCUGCAACGACACUAUUCCCGAGGACUUUGACACCUACAGAGCGCAGCAAGUCCAGCUGGUGGCCUGAUGAGAAUAAACGAGCCCAGGGAAUUCUGGGAACACUUUCCAACGCACAACUUGGUGUCAGAAAGAUCAUCACUAUGUAAACGUUCAAUGAAAAGCCCAGCAGAGGUCUCUGAAACAUCUCCUGUAAAAUCCUGACAAAAGAGAAAACUCCACAGCUGUAAAACUUUUCAAAGGGAACCAUUUCUAGAACAUGAAUAGUUUGAAUUGUUUAGCUGUUCCCAAACAGAAAAAUUAGUCUUAAAUAAUAUUAUAAUGCUCCAAAAUACUGUCCACUCUGUGUCAAUUUAUACUUUCUGAAAGAGGAAUUAUUGCAAAGAUUCAACUUUUACUUAUGAAUAAAUGUGGAUUUUGGUAAAUUAUGUGUGGAUGAAUUUCGGCUCUGCUAAGUUUUAUCGUGCAUAUUCACAAAUGCUGAAUAUUACCUUAUCAGCAAUGAUGAAAUGUUUAAGAGGUAGCUUUAACUUGCAAACAUGUCAGAUGCAUCAACUGCAGUGAUAUAAUAAUCUAAACUUAUCAAUGAUUAUUGAUAAUGCAAGGUAUUUUGAUAAUAUUAUGAUAAUGGUUAAGCUCUAUCAUAAACUAACUACACUACAAAAAAGGUCAAACAUUUGACGUUAAGUAACAGACAUGUUUUUUUUUUUUUUUUUUUGAAACUCAACAGCUUUUAGUGGAAAUCAACAUUCUGAACAUUUCACAAGCAUGCACAUAUCCAAAAUAAUCUUUUAAAUUUGCAUUUGGAAAUACAGAUUACAAAAUAGAAACAAUAGCAAAGACAAUAUACAACAGGAUUGAAACAUCAUGCAUGUCCACAGCAACACGCUGCGAUGUUGUAAAAUGACACUGGACAGUUUUGAAUCAGCAUAUUCUGCAAAUCAAGACUAUGUGCAGAGAAAAAAUCUGUCUUCCACAUUCAAUUUAAUUGACAUUUUUCUUUCAUCUUAUAAACAAAUGGUCACAUAAGGAGAAUCACAUGGCAACAAAUAAAUAACUACAGAUCUUUUACUACAACUUACAGGACAACAGUGAUAUAAUGCUAUUCUCACUAUAAGCUUUAAGUGUAACUUAAACUGUGUUUUCCAGAGCCUUUUACAUGUUUCAAUGAGUUGUAGAGUCAUUUAGAAAACCCCAUGUUAUUAAAGGGACAUUUUAUUCAGACCUAAAACACUCUGGGAACAAGCAGUAAAGACAGAGCAACAACUCUCUCCAUUUAUUCUGGGACUGAGGAAUACACUUUUAAACACAGGACGCCUGUUUGAGAUUCACUCGUCAGCUUUUUCAGUUUGAGACAGAAUUUUGCUUUAUUGCUUUUUAAAACACAAGAUAAAUGUUUGCUGUGCUAAAAAGUAAUGCAAGAAAGUGGUGUCUCAAACUAAAAACAUGCAGAUGAGUCAGAAUAAAGGUUUACAAGACGUAGUACGUUGAGCUGAUCUGUCCAUCUCAUCUGUUUGGUAAACGGACUUCUAACUGUUCAAUCGCCAGAAACGUUUCCUAUAAUCAGUGUUUAGCCUCAGCUCAUCAAAUUUAGUGAAAUUAGCGUGAUGCCCUACGUGUGAGAAGUAAUAAUUGUUUUCCGACCAAUAAAGGAAUCUGGUAAAGGCAUUUACUUUCAACUCUGGCGAACAAAGUUUACUUUUUAAAAAUAUCCUAUUAACUGCCUUUUUUAAAAAAAUAUUCGUAACUUUAAUCGAAGUUGUAUUAGCUGCCUAACUUUAACUCUAACCUCUACCAAUGUUAGUUUCUGUGAGCAAACUUUAUGUGACAAAUGAAAAUGGCAUCUUCUACCCUUGUCAUACAUUAAAGGGAACCAAUUAUGCUCAUUUCCAGCUCUAUAUUUUUAUUCUUGGACUCCACUAGAGUAGCUUUGCAUGAUUCACAGUUCAA